AUGUGUUCGCAGGACGCGCUACCAGCGCAACCCUGGGACGGAGUUCGAAAUGCCACAAGACAAGGCUGCAAGUGCCCUCAACUGGUCGAGGAGACACAGACGGCAGAAGGCUGCGAGGACUGUCUCUUGCUCAAUGUGUACACUCCCAAGCUGCCUCAGUCGGGCUCCGACCCCCUGCCCGUCAUGUUCUGGAUCCACGGCGGACGCUUCGUGUGGGGAUCCGGCAACGACGACAGCUACGGCCCUGACUACCUCAUUUCCGAGGGGGUGGUGCUGGUCACCAUCAACUACCGGCUGAGCUUGGCUGCCUUGAGGUGGGUGAACUUGAACAUCGCCGCUUUCAACGGCGACCCCAAUAGAAUCACCAUAUUUGGUGAGAGCGCCGGCGGAAGUGCAGUGAAUUGGCACAUGCUCUCUCCCAUGACCAGA